AUGCACGCAGAACUCGAGGAAAUGGACCAGGAUUUCAGAGCCGUCCAGUUCAUCGUGCCGAAGGGCCAUCAGGGCGGAACCGUGCGACAUUGCCCCCGCAGGUGGAUCAAGUACAGCUUGAUGAGUGAGCGUCCCGGGUGCCGUGGUGGCGAGUCGAAUUCAGGCGCACUUUGUGUAAAAGAGGUCGCAGAAGAACGCCAACACGUGGACCGGACUAUACACGCGCUUCCAGUGGUCGAGCAGGCUCUCAGUAACAGGCUCACCCCCGUUGUCGUAGUCAGGAUUUACACCAUUCAAGUGGUCUAG